AUGGCGACCCAAGGCGGCUUGAAUGCCGAGUUUAGAUCAGAGCGAAGGCUGCAACUGUUAACUACCUUACAAAGUUUACUUGAUGAGAGACAGCCAAAUGGGCUUCCCUCCUCGUCCUGGGCCGGUUUAUGGUUGGCAGACCUUGAACGGCUUGAAGAAAUCAUCGCGUCAGCUGGACGAGCAGAAUUUAUACCCGCCAUCACUGCCGACUUUGGAGUCAUUGUUCGUGAAAAAGCGCAGCGAGAGCGGUUUGAGUCACGCUCGCCAUCAUCUUCACCACCACAGUCUCCAUCAGGCCUCCUGCGCGCGAGUCCGAGCCAGUCAAGCUCUCUCCAUCGCUCGGCCGUGGAGAAACGGUCAGGACUAACCCGCGAACCCCCCGGAGACGAAGCCGAGCAGCCGACGUCGCAGCCGGCCAUACCUCCAGCAAAACGCCAGUGCACAGGAUCUGAACUGUCAAAUUCUACUGGCUGCCAUUGCAGAAGCCUUCCCGAAAUAUUAGCGGCCUGGAAUGUUCGUACCGGCGAGGAGAUUGUAUCUAGACGAGAGAUCGUCCUAACGACCAGUGACCCCGAAAGCCACCCCCUGCCAAGCUGGGAUCUCCUCGAACUCCAGUAG